GCAGGGAACUGUGCUCGGAUACUGUUGUCCUCUGUCGGGGGUGGUUGUCCUCACGGAGUAGUGAGGGAGGAAGGGGACACCGCCUAGCCAGCCAAGUCGCGCUUAUUUUGGCGUCUCUCCCGUUGGCUCGCUGGUCGGGAACGGGAAGGUCCGAGAGGAGGCUGUGUCCCCGCUGCACAGAGGCGUGUCAGGUUCGGCGAUGCAGCCCGGGGUGCCGCGCGCCAGACCCGUGAUAAGGACCGCCGUUCCCGGUCCUCUGAGACCACAGAAUCCGAUGGCGGCGACGCUGAGGGACCCGCCUCAGGGUGGUGUGACCUUUCCGGAUGUUGCUGUGCGCUUCUCCUGGGGGGAGUGGAGGCUUCUUGAUGAGGCUCAGAGACGCCUGUACCUCAGUGUGAUGCUGGAGAGCUACGAACUUAUAUCCUCGCUGGGUUGCUGCUGUGGAGCAGAAGGUGAGAAGACACCCUGUAAAGAAACUGUUCCUGUAGGAGUGUCACAGGCUGGGUCUCCUAAGGCAGCUCCAUUUUCCCAGAAGACACACCCCUGUGAGAUGUGUGGUCCAGUCUUGAGAGAUAUUUUCCAGUUGGCCGAGCAUCAGGGAACACAACACAGCCAUAAACUGUUGAGAUGUGGGGCAUGUGCAACAAAAUUUUAUAUGCCUUUGAAUAACAUUGUACACAGGGCUUCAUUUUUCAGGAGCCACAGAUUCCAAGUGUCACAGAAGCCUCUUACUUCUAGGAAAAUCCUGGCCAGCGUGGGACAUCUGCGGCAAAAGACCACUCAUACUGUGGAGAAGCCAAGCAAAAUCACCCAGUGUGGGUCAACUUCACAAGGCAGGAAAAAUCAUCACACCUGGAGAGAAUGCAAGAAAGCCCUCAGCCCCAAACACACACUUGUUCAGGACCAGUGUGUCUACACUGAAAGACAGUGUUUUGUGUGCAGUGAAUGUGGGAAAACAUUCAGGUACAAAUCCACAUUUGUUAUGCACCUGAGAGUCCACACUAGAGAAAGGCUUCAUGUGUUUAGCAGAAGUGACAAAUCCUUUAGACAAAGCUCAACCAUCACUCAACAUCAAAAAAUUUAUACUGGCUCAGGACAGGACAAGUGCAGCAAAUGUGGGAAAUCCUUAACUCACAAGUGUGUCGUCAUUUAUCCCCAGAGAUUGCACAGUGGAGAAAACAGUUCUGUGUGCAGUGACUGUGCAAAGUCUUUUUCCCAUAGCUCUGUGUUCAUUCGACAUAAGAGAGUUUUUUCUGGAGAAAGGUUUUAUAAGUGUAGUGACUGUGUGAAAUCUUUUACCUGUAGGUCUGCCCUCAUUUAUCAUCAGAGAUCUCACACAGGAGAAAGGCCUUAUGAGUGCAGUGAAUGUGGGAAGUCCUUUACCACUAAUGGCACCCUCCGUUCUCAUCAGAGAUCUCACACAGGAGAAAGGCCUUAUAAAUGCAGUGAAUGUGGGAAGUCUUUUACAUCUACCGGUGCUUUCCGAUAUCAUCAGAGAGUUCAUUCUGGAGAAAGGCCUUAUGAGUGCAGUGAAUGUGGCAAAUCUUUUAUGUCUAGGUCUGCAUUCAUUUCGCAUCAUAGAUAUCACACAGGAGAAAGGCCUUAUGAGUGCAAUGAAUGUGAGAAAUCUUUUUUCUCUAGGCCUGCCCUCAGAUAUCAUCAGAAAUCUCACACAGGAGAAAGACCUUAUGAGUGCAACGAAUGUGGGAGAUCUUUUACCACUAAUUCUAACUUCCAUUAUCAUCAAAGAGUUCACACUGGAGAAAGGCCUUAUGAGUGCAGUGAAUGUGGGAAAUGUUUUACCAGUACCUCUAACCUCCAUUAUCAUCAAAGCACUCACACUGGAGAAAGGCCUUAUGAGUGCAGUGAAUGUGGGAAAUCUUUUAUUACUCCUGCUAUUCUUCGUUACCAUCAGAGAAUUCAUUCUAGUGAAUGGCCUUAUACAUGCAGUGAAUGUGGGAAAUCUUUUACCUCUAAAUCCAACUUUUGUUAUCAUCAGGGGGUUCAUUCUGGAAAAAGGCCUCAUAUGAGGUGCAGCAAAUGUGUGAAAUCCUUUACCAGUAUCAGUGCCCUCCGUUAUCAUCAGAGAGUUCAUUCUGGAGAGAGGCCUCAUGAGUGCAGUGACUGUGGGAAAUCUUUUAUGUCUAGGUCUGCCCUCAGAUGUCAUCAGAGAUCACACACAGGAGAAAGGCCUUAUAAGUGCAGUGAAUGUGGGAAGGCUUUUAAAACUAGCUCCAACCUCCAUUAUCAUCAGAGAGUUCACACAGGAGAAAGGCCUUAUGAGUGCAGUGAAUGUGGGAAAUCCUUUACCUCUAUCAAUGAUCUGUGUAAUCAUUAUAGAUUUCAUUCUGGAGAAAAGCCUUAUAAGUGUAGCAAAUGUGGGAAAUCCUUUAUCCUUAGGAAUAGCUUCAUUCAACACCAGAGAAUUCACACAGGAGAAAGUCUUUAUGGAUGUAGUGAGUGUGGGAAAUCUUUUCAGAGUAAGUGUAGGCUUAUUGAACACCAGAGUAUUCACACAGGAGAAAGGCCUUACAAAUGCACCAAAUGUGGGAAAUCUUAUACCACUAAUUACCUCUUCCGUGCACAUCUGAGAAGUCACACUGGAGAGAAGCCUUAUCAGUGCAGUGAAUGUGGGAAAUCUUAUACCGCUAGCUCCACCCUCCAUUAUCAUCGUAGAAUUCAUACUGGAGAAAGGCCUUACAAAUGCACCAAAUGUGGGAAAUCUUAUACCACUAAUUACCUCCUCCGUGCACAUCUGAGAAGUCACACUGGAGAGAAGCCUUAUCAGUGCAGUGAAUGUGGGAAAUCCUUUACCAGAAACUCUAGCCUUCGUUAUCAUCGUAGAAAUCAUACUGGAGAAAGGCCUUACAAAUGCACCAAAUGUGGGAAAUCUUAUACCACUAAUUACCUCCUCCGUGCACAUCUGAGAAGUCACACUGGAGAGAAGCCUUAUCAGUGCAGUGAAUGUUGGAAAUCCUUUACCAGAAACUCUAGCCUUCGUUAUCAUCGUAGAAAUCAUACUGGAGAAAGGCCUUACAAAUGCACCAAAUGUGGGAAAUCUUAUACCACUAAUUACCUCCUCCGUGCACAUCUGAGAAGUCACACUGGAGAGAAGCCUUAUCAGUGCAGUGAAUGUUGGAAAUCCUUUACCAGCAACUCUAGCUUUCGUUAUCAUCGUAGAAUUCAUACUGGAGAAAGGCCUUACAAAUGCACCAAAUGUGGGAAAUCUUUUAUUACUAAUUACCUCUUCCGUGUUCAUCAGAGAAGUCACACUGGAGAGAAGCCUUAUGAGUGCAGUGAAUGUGGGAAAUCUUAUACCGCUAGCUCCACCCUCCGUUAUCAUCGUAGAAUUCAUACUGGAGAAAGGCCUUACAAAUGCACCAAAUGUGGGAAAUCUUAUACCACUAAUUACCUCCUCCGUGCACAUCUGAGAAGUCACACUGGAGAGAAGCCUUAUCAGUGCAGUGAAUGUUGGAAAUCCUUUGCCAGCAACUCUAGCCUUCGUUAUCAUCAGAGUGCUCACAGUGGAGAAAGGCCUUAUGAGUGCAGUGAUUGUGGGAAAUCAUUUGUCCAAAGAAAUAUCCUCAUUAUACACCAGAGAGCUCACACUGGAGAAAGGCCUUAUAAGUGCACUGAAUGUGGUAAAUCUUUUACUCGUAGCUCCAACCUCUAUUAUCAUCAGAGAGUUCACAGUGGAGAAAGGCCUUUUAAGUGCAGUGAAUGUGGGAAAUCUUUUAUUAAUGCCUCCAAACUGCAUUGUCAUGAGAGAGGUCACACUGGAGAAAGGCCUUAAGCAUGCACUAAAUGUGGGAAAUCUUUUAUGAGCAAAUCCUUCUGAUGAUUGCAGAGUUUACAUGAGAGAAAGGCAUAGAAGUACAGGGAAUGUGCAAUUUCCUUGUUCAGUAUAGGGGCAGUGGAGAAAACUGAGGGGCCAUUGGUCUGAAUUGAAUCUCACCUCAAGUGCUUCUGAGGGCAUGAAUUUUUUUCCCUUAUUCAAAUUAGAGAUUAUAGGGUAUUGAGGCACUGUUGAAGGGCGUGUAUUCCCCAAGUCUACAGAGAACUAUAUUUCCGACCAUUGGGUCUGGGGGAAACCAUAAUUGGUGCAGAAACUCCGGUUUAAUAGGGAGUGGAGGACAUUGCAGCCAACUGGAUGGAAUGUGCCUCUUCUAAAAGUGUAUCCAGAUUCUGUGACAUUGACUGUGCAGGAUCAGUUUAUACACUGAUUCUAGUGAAUUUUACUUCAAGGUCCUUACUGCAGAGGCAGGAAAGAAAGAGAAAAGGGGAUGUGGCUCUUGUGAUCUAGGCAGCAUGCCUGUUGACUCAGGUAGAAACGUACUUCAUUGCUCUCCAUAUUUGCUACCACUGAGGGAAGACUGAUCCCCAGAGGGCACAAGGAGAGAGUUGGUGGAUUCAGUAUACGGUUGCCACACCUAUUUUCCAAAAAGAGUGAGAAAUACAGAUUUUUUCAUCUUGAGACAAUUUUUAAAGCUAUAUUAAAGUAUAAUUCACAUGUACUAAACUGCAUAUGUUUGAAGUAUUACAAGUUAAUAAGUUUUCACCUAGGUAUGAACCUCGAAACCAUCACCAGAGUUCUGAUAAUGCCCAUAUUUGCCUCAUGUCCUAUUAUUAUCUCUCCUUGCCCUUCCCACCUCUCCAGGUAAUCAUUGAUGUACUUUCCCUUAGAAUAGAUACCUUUGCAUUUUUUUGAAUUUAUCUGAUUGGAAUCAACUGUUUACUGGGUUUUUCUUCUGAAUUCCUUUGUUUCAUAAUUAUUUGAGAUUCAUCAGUGAUAUAAACAAAUAGCUCAUCUCUUUAUUUUUUGAUGAGUAGCAUUCUUAUCUGGAUGUACCAUUGUUAGUUUACCCAUUCAUCUUUUUAUGGGCAUUUAGGUUAUUUCUAGGUUUUCACUCUUGAAAAUA